CCACACACGUUAAUGUAUUCACCAGGUGAGCCAUAGCAACUGUAGUAGUAAACUUAUGAAAGCCAAAGCAGGCAAGAAGCUCAGCUUCUUUCAAACAACAUUCGUUUCGUACCGCGUAGACACGCCGUACCUCGUCGCGUACUUUUACACCGGUACCGCUACAUCUUUGCCGGCUGCCCACCUCACCAUCUCUCGUUCGCGUAGAUUCUUCGUCGUCUUCAGGUACCACCAUUGACGCUUCUCGUCUCGCCUCUCGCGUCUUACCUGUGCCGCUCUUCGACAGUUCGCACCGGGCAAUGCGCGCGUCGCGAGUGUCAUACCUGUGCUUUUAGCCUACCAGCAGCAGUUACCUCACCAGUGUCACAAGCGUUAAGCAUUUGAUUGCGGGCGGUAAACUGGUAAACAAACUCGCAUGCAGUACGGUACCGUCAACAGGUGCGGCGCGAAUAUUAGACACGCGACCAAAACGCAACAAAACGCGAGGAGAAUUUGAAUCGAAGCGCCCACGAACCAUCAGCACCUGUGCAUCACAUUAAUUCUAUUCAUGUGUUGUGCGUGAUGUAAUCAAUCAAAGAAAGUGCAAAAGUGUACCAAAAUUCAACAUGAAGUGAAAUUACCUAAAAUUACCAUAAAAAAAGUAAAAAUAUUCGUGGAUUUGGAUUUAUCUUUUAUACAAAACAAGGAAAUCUUCUCCUUGAUGGCGGUUUCCGGGCACACGUCAUUAGUUUUUCUGCUGGUGACAGCGUGUUGUCUACUCAGCACACAAGCAGCAGAAUUAUGUGACGUAACUACAGGCCAGUCCAAUAUAAUUCUAGACAUUGAAGAAAGCAGAGGAUCAUCGAUAAGUCAAGAAACAAUCCCUAAAGAAUUACCAAUCGAAGGCGAACCCAAUGUAGAUAUAUUCCUCGAUUUACACUUCCCUAAAGGCCCUGCUGUGUUUUUCUUAAACGGCAAAAAACUACAACUAUUGACACCACUGGACAGAGACGAAGAUGGCGUCUCACACAUUGUCUUCCAAUUGGUGUGCACCGUCAAGGCUACCCACAAACGCCGAUCAAUCCCGAUCAUUGUCCGACUUACAGACAUCAACGACAACGCGCCAGAGUUUCAAAACACUCCUUAUAUGACAACAAUAUCCGAAUUAACACCUGUAGGCACAACAAUAUUUCAAUUCAUCCACGCGAAAGACAAAGACGCCGGGGUGAAUGGCUUGGUUGAAUACUCAAUAAUUCCUUUAAAAGACAACAUUGGGAGUGAGUAUGAUGUAGGCAACUCACGCAUCACCUCUGCGGAUGGCUACGGGUUCUUUGCUAUCAACUUACCACAUCAGGGACAGGUCACGGUGAAUCGGACUUUGGACUAUGAGAAAACACAGCGAUACUAUUUGAAUAUCCUUGCAACGGAUCGCGCUCGGAAUGAAUCCCAACGCAUGCCUUCAUCAACAAUCCUCACGAUAAAUAUAAAAGACGACGAUGACCAGAAUCCCUCCUUUAUUUACAAAGGAUGUAUGUUAUUGGACGGAACAUGCAUCAAUCCGGAAUACCAAGCUUCCGUUUCGAGUGGAGUUCUUCAUGGUGUGCUUAACAUCUCCCCGGAAAAGAUUCAAGCUAUCGAUAUGGAUACAAUAAAUGCACCCAUAAGAUAUUCGUUUGUAAGCGGAACACCGGAAACAUUUACAGACUACUUCCGGGUUGAUCCUGAUACGGGAGCUAUACAUCAGACUAAGGCUGUGGAUACGUCAACGACAAAACGCUUUGACAUUAUUUUAAAAGCGCAGGAAGUGUCCGAGGCGAAACGAUCGACGACUGCUAAGCUGGCGAUUACAGUUAAACCGGUCGAUGCGAACCCACCGGAAAUCCAAGUGACGGCAUCGGAAGGCUUCGUUGAUGAGAACGCGCCGAUUGGGACGAAUGUCGUGGAUAUUAUUGGAAUGCCAAUACAGAUUACAGUUGAAGAUAAAGAUUUUGGAAUUGACGAUCCAAAACCACAAUAUCUCUUUGAAUUGACAACACCAUACUUUACAAUUGAUAAAUCUGGUAACCUCGUAGUUAAUGAGAAUAACAUCGACAGAGAUCCACCGAAUCCCGGAAAAUUCCGGUUUCAAAUCGUCGCGAGAGAAAAAAAUGGCGUCGCUGCAAGCGCCCCGUUAUCCCUCGCUGUAAACCUCAAUGAUGUGAAUGAUAAUCCGCCGGUUUUACCGAUGAUCCCGCCUGUUUCCGUUCCUGCAGGUGAUUUGAAACGUAAAGUUAUCACUAUCCAAGCUACUGAUAACGAUGAAGGACGCAAUGCGGAAAUAACCUAUUCCAUAUAUCAUGUUUCCAACAAUGGUAAUAAUAAAUUCAUCAUCAAUUCACGUACUGGAGUAUUAGAAACAGUUGGAAAGUUAAACGCUGGUGAUCAAUACAGUUUGACAGUUCAAGCAACUGAUAAAGGUGGGUUGUAUACCCAAGCGAUUGUUGAGGUUACAAUCAGUCCGGGACCAAACACCCAAGCACCUAUAUUCGAUCAAAAUGUUUAUGAUAUUGAAGUGAGUGAAGGAGCAAGUAUAAAUUCAACAGUCGCGUCUAUUUUUGCUAUUGAUCCGGAAAAUGAUCCGGUGACUUACACAAUCGUAAACGGGAAUGAUUUACGACAAUUUGCGAUUGGGUCCAAGACUGGUAUCAUCACAGUUAUCAGAAGAUUAGAUAGAGAAGAUUUAACUAAAUAUCAAUUGAUGAUAAAAGCAGAAGAUGCUGGUAAAUUAUCAAGCACAGCAACAGUAAACAUCAAAGUAACUGACAUCAACGAUAAAAACCCUGAAUUCGUCGGUGAUCCCUAUAGUUUCACUGUGAAAGAAGGAAUGAAUCACACUUCAGUUGGAUUUAUUCACGCCACAGACGCUGAUGAAGGAAUAAACGCUCAAGUAUCCUAUUCAAUUCCUUCCAAUCUACCGUUUAGUAUUGAUAGUGAUAGUGGUGAGAUAACCACAACACGUCCAUUGGACUACGAAGAACAAAAAUCAUACCAGUUUGUUGUAACAGCGAAAGAUGGCGCUCCUGAUGCACGACUUGCAACUGCAACUGUCACAAUACAAGUUCUUGACAUUGAAGAUGAAUUACCUAUUUUUAAUCGUCCGGAAUAUGAAGCAACCGUACCGGAAAACAUGCCUGAUUACUUCGUAACAGAUGUAAUGGCACACGAUCCUGAUACUAUUAAAAAAAUAACUUAUGUUAUUGUGCGUGGUGCGACUGAUUUGUUCAGAAUCGACGAAAGCAGUGGCGCCAUCUAUACAAUCAGAGGAUUAGACUAUGAACGUGAUACACAACAUACGCUUAUAAUCGGAACACUGGAGAAUAUGUCAAAUGAAAAAGGAAGCACUACAAAAGUUAUUAUUAACGUUGAAGACCGAAAUGAUAUUCCCCCAGUAUUUACAAUCGUACCACACCCGAUUACACUAGAUGAUGACGUGGCGAUUGGUACACUUGUCACGAAGUUAAUGGCGACGGAUUCAGAUGGCACUGCACCCGGUAACAAAGUCAGAUAUGAAAUUAUCGGCAGAGGCAAAGCAUCAAAAUAUUUCCAAAUAGAUCCGGAUACCGGAAAUGUAAAAGUCACAAAUGAUUUAAAGAAAGAAAUUGAUACUGAAUAUCAAGUUGAUGUUCGUGCGUAUGACCUAGGUGAACCUCAGUUAUCUUCAGUGAUAACCUUAGAUAUUUACAUUCAACAUGUCGCCACUGUCGCACCGGAAGUAGGGUUAAGAUUCGCGGAUACUUCUUAUACAAUACAAGUGUAUGAAAAUGCAACUGUGGGGAAAUUGAUCAAAACCUUGACGAUUGUUAAUAGCAGAUCACAUGGCAUGACUAUUCCCUUGAAGUGUCAUAUUAUCUCUGGUAAUAUGAGAGGUUUGUUCAGGAUUAAUGUCACUGAGGACAGAAACUGUGCGUUGUACUUGAAUGGAACUUUGGAUUAUGAAAUGGAGGAGAGUUAUAGCAUUGAAGUGCAGAUUAUGUCUCUGCAGGGUUUUAUUAACAAGGAAUUUGCGAUUACUGAGGUUAAUAUUAAUGUGGGGGAUGUGAAUGAUAACGCGCCAUAUUUUAUCUAUCAGAAUGAUAAGGCGAAGAAGUAUUAUGCUGCGCUGGCUGAUAAUGCACCUUUGGCUACUACUGUUAUACAAAUUAAGGCUGAUGAUAAAGAUAGCGGUAAACUAGGAAAAAUCAACUUCUCCUUGAGAGGUAACCAAAGUGAAUAUUUCUCCAUGGAUCAGCAAUCUGGCAUAAUCAAAACAAAGAAAAAUUUCGACUCUAUCGAAGAACCCUUCAAACUAACAGUAACAGCCCGAGAUAAUCCCAAUUCCACCAAAAACUUCCACGAAACCGAAACCGAGUUAAUCGUAAAUUUAAUAAACGAUAAAAACCGAAUGAUUCUGGUAAUUGGCGAUGCGAAACCGGAUGUGGUACAAACAAAACUCGAUCUGUUAUCGGAUAUCGUCCAAGAGCAAAGCGGGCUUGUAAUGGGCAUCGAGAAAUUAGCACCGAGAGAGUUUGUUAAUAUAAAUGAAACAAUCGAAACGGAUCCAGCUGCUACAGAUAUUUGGUUCUAUUUGAUAGAUCCACAGAGUGAUAGUAUUCUUGCGAGGAAUAAUAAUAUCGUACAGAGGUCUAUCUUUGAUAAACCAGCAAUGGAUAAUAUCACUUUUGAUAUAACCGGACAAAUCAAACAUACGGCGUUUAAUAUUCAUGAACCGCUGGUUAUACACAGGGUUAAAACUGCUUCGAUUGCUUCUGUUAAUGGAGAAGUUUUUCCUUAUGCGUUGAUUGUCAUCGCUUGUGUUAUAUUCAUCUCGGGGAUAAUUGGAAUUAUUUAUAUUUGUGUUUCAUGGAGCAGAUAUAAAUCAUUCAAAGAUCAAAUGCAGCGUUCCUAUGUAGUACCAGCGAGUCCCGCCAGAUAUGAUUCUGUCUACGUAGAGCCAAAUUUAAAAGAAUACGAAACGCAAGUGUUGCAAAUGUGUGUUCCUGUUGAUGAUCCCGAUGAGUACAAUGAUCUACACUUGGACUUCAGCAAUAAGAAUCACGCGUUCAGUUUGGACAAUGUUAGUUAUAUCAGUAAAGAUAAUCUACACGGGAAUAAAAAGUAUGGUAAACAGAGUCCUGUAAGCAGUGAAUCUGCUACUACUGCGCGUGCGUCAAGUGUUGGUGAUCAUAUUUUAGGAACACCAGGGAAUACACAUUCAUUACGAAGAGAUCAUAAUAUUUAUAGAUCAUCAGAUGAAGAUGAUGACAUGAAUACAUCUCCAUCGAACGAUAACGUGAUGUUCAGAGAAAAGAAAGACUACUCACACAUGAGUUUCGGUUACGGUGAUCAUUCGCCAGUGGAAACCACAACGGAGCUCUAAUUAUAUAUUGUUUUUGUUACUCUUUAUGAAGAAAAAGUUUCAGUAAAAUCUAUUAUUCAAUUCGACUGCCGUUAUAAUAAAUCAUGUAUCGUUGAACGAGCAGAAGAGAGUCGCUCAUUCAAUGCCAUAGUCAACGACGCAUCAAAAUAUUUGUUACAUAGACAUGUUUGUUUUAUAAUUUAGUUUAGUAACGUGUAAGAUAACGACGAUUAUUUAUAUAAUUAUGAUUAAUUAUGGCUGGAGUCAAUUUUAUGUUAAUGUAAUAUAGACAACAAACGUGUUUCGAGUAUAUUUGGAUUUUUGUGUGUGUACAUGGAUGGGAAUGCAUUGUAUGCAUCGUACGAGUUUAAUUAUUGCUUUGUGUUAUUUAUAUGAUGAAGAAUACGAAGGGAAAACUUGUGUAGAUUUACUCUAAGAUGACUAAUUAUGUAUGAUAGACUUUUUGUAUGGAAUUAUCAAGUUUUAAGAACAGAAUAUAUAAAUAUUUCUAUGA